CCUAAAAAAUGUAGGGGCAAAGGUUGUAUUUUGGAGGAAUAAAAGAAAGAAAUUGUUAAAAGUCGUCUCGCAUCCUUCAUUCCAUUCCAGCACUAUGAAAGAAGAAAAUACUCCAUGAGAAAAAGGAGACAGUAACAGGGCAUCCCGAGAGAGGGUUCAAGACUUCAAGUAGAUGUUGCCAUGUUGGAAUUCAGACACACACCAUACGACUAACGCCACUCUCUCACUAAUUCGAUUAUAGACUCCUAAUCCUAAACCAACUCUAAUUUCCCACUAUUAUUUAUAUACUAUUCUUCCAUAUUUUGAUGCUUGACUCCCACAAGCAAAGAAUUUCCACAGCUCCGCCAUGAAGGAUCGCAGGAAACGCAGCGUUUUCUCAUGGCAAGUACUCUUCUUCUUCCUCACCAUCGUCCUCCUCUUCCUCGCCGCUUUCGCCUCCUCCGUCGCUCGCCUCUGGCUUGCAGGAAGUUUUCAGCCUAGACUUAUACCAAAACGGAAUAUUCCGGCGAUGGAGGUGAUAUCCGCGGAGAAAUCCCAACCUCCGGCGGUAGUAUCAGUUCGAGAAACGGUUAUUUUCCCCGACGAGGCUGUGGUUUUCCUAAAAUACCCUUCGUCAGCUUUCUUAUUUACCAGAGACGACAUCAACUGCAUAUAUCUUCCUCCCAACUCAUCCCAGCCGCGGCUCCAGCUCCCCCCGUCGGCGGUGGACUCCGACGGAGAGAGCCACCACAUCGUGCGGUGUCCGGCCCCGCCACGUGGCUCGAUCCUGUCCCUUUUGAUUAAGCACAACGGUAAUAACCUCGCGCCCGGGCCAAUGCACCGAUGGGAUUCUCUAGCGUAUGAGGCCAUGAUCGACAACAGCGACAACACAACCCUAGUUUUCGUCAAAGGGCUCAAUCUACGGUCGGGAAGACCCGCCACCGAUCCAAACAAGUUCAAGUGCGUCUACGGCUUGGAUUCGGCAAAGCCGAGGUUCGUGUUGUCGGCCGAUGCCGUUUCCGCUGCUCAAGAGGUCGUGCGUUGCCGCACCCCCUCGAGCAUAUUGAACGGUUCGCAUAGAUUCAGUCCCAACUCCGAUAAUUCUAUUAAGGUCUCCGUUAGAGUCGUCGGGAGGCACGAAGUGGACUCCGUUGCGCGCUUGAAGAGCGCGGAAUGGAGUCCUAAGCCAGCUGGCGCUGGCGGCCGCGGCAAGCAGCACAAGAUGUGCGUUUGCACAAUGCUGAGGAAUCAAGCGAGAUUCCUGCCGGAAUGGAUCAUGUACCACGGCCGCGUGGGCGUGGAGCGAUGGUUCGUGUACGACAACAACAGCGACGACGAUGUGGAGGGUGCGGUGGGGUCGCUGGCCGGCGCAGGCCACAACGUCACGCGCCACCUAUGGCCGUGGAUCAAGACUCAGGAGGCCGGGUUCGCGCACUGCGCAAUGCGGGCGAGGGGCUUGUGCGAGUGGGUGGGGUUCAUCGACGUGGAUGAGUUCCUCCACUUGCCCUCCGGCUUGUCCCUGUACGACGAUGUGGUGAGGCCGUUGGGGGCGGGGGAAGACGUUGGGGAGGUGCGUGUGGCGUGCCACAGCUUUGGGGCGUCGGGGCUGAGGGAGGCCCCGGCGAGAGGGGUGAUGGCCGGGUACACGUGCAGGCUGGCUGCACCGGAGAGGCACAAGAGCAUCGUUAGGCCGGAGGCAUUGGACUCUUCGUUGAUCAAUCUGGUCCAUCACUUCCAUCUGAAGGCCGGAUUCCGGCAUGUUAAUGUGAAACGGAGCGUGUUGGUGAUCAACCACUACAAGUACCAAGUGUGGGAGGUGUUCAAGGAGAAGUUCUACCGGAGAGUGGCGACCUAUGUGUCGGAUUGGCAGCAGGAGAGGAACGUUGGCUCUAAGGACCGGGCACCGGGUUUGGGGACCAAGGCUGUCGAGCCAUCGGAUUGGCCUACGAGGUUCUGUGAGGUUAAGGAUACCGGCUUGAGAGAUCGGAUUAUGGACACUUUCACCGAUCCUCAAACCGGCAAGUUGCCGUGGGAAGAUCAGCAGAGGAGCCAAACUUGAGUUUCAAGAAUGCUGCAUACUGUUCUUUUUCUUUUUCUUUUUCUUUUUUCUUUUUUUGGGAAGUUAUAUAUAUUUUGAUAUUGGUAGUUGUAGUUAUACACGUUGAUACUUUGAUUCAUUAUUUGUACAUAAGAUUAUUAGGAAGGUGCAUUUGCAUCUUGGAGAAAUGAAAAACUCAAUAUGAUUCUUGAAGAA